AUGGAUACGAUGAAAAAAUGCUUAAAGAUAUUUCUAAUCAGGUUUGAAAAAAACGUUUUGCAAAAAAAAAAUGAAAUUCCAUCAAACUCUAAUAACCUUCCUACAAUCUCUUUACCAUGGAUACCAAUUAUAUCUCCCAGACUUAGAAGAAUAUACAGAAAAGCUGGUUACAGAACUGUUUUUAAAUCAAAUGCUAACCUAAAAACGCUAUUAACGUCUAAAAAUAAGUCUAAAUUACCAUGUAACAGCACCCCAGGAACCUUUUUAAUUAAGUGCAAAUGCUCCAAAGUAUAUGUUCGUGAAACAAAACUUCAAAUACGAACAAGGGUUCAACAACACCAAAAUUUUUUGACUGAAGGCAAGUUAAACCAGUCUGCAUUAGCUUUGCAUAAAGUAAAUUCUGUGGAAAUAAAAGACUUUCGUUACUUUGGAAGUCCUAAAGUUACAACUGAUAUGGUUGGUUCUUUGUUACAAUGGAGCAACUGGUCAAGCUGCAAUACAUCAAAUGGUUAUGGAUUUACUAACAGAACAAGAUACUUGGGUGGUGAAUGCUAUACAGAACAAAAACAAUGUUACGUAUAUAAAGAUUCGUGUCAGAUGAUAAACUAUUUAAUAGAGGACAUACCAACUACUUUAGAGAAAGCAAAAAUUAUCACUAAAAUGCCGAUACUGGAUACAGAAUUUAUAAUUUCAUUUAAUUUUAUUCCGUAUUCAAUCAGCAGCAAUUUAAGUAGUAUUAUUCAUUUUGUUAAUGAUUCUGAUAAUAUUAGAAAUAGUUAUCCAGGAGUCUGGCUUGAUAAUCUUGGAGUUCUUCAUGUUACAGCCUUGAUUAAUGAUACUGAUUUCUUAUUUAACACCGGUUUUGUACUUUCAUUAAAUCAAUGGUCAAAAAUUGAGAUCAGUCAAAUUUUAAUAAAUGGAAGUUAUGUAUUUAAAAUCAAAGUAAAUGACACAAAUGUUGUAUCUGAAAUCAACACACAAGUUCGAAGUUUUAAAAAUGUUGUAUUAUAUGCUUCAAAUCUAUGGAAUGUUUCUCAGAAUGGCUCAUUAAAAAAUGUUUUUGUUGCCAACAAUCAAGCAGUUUUAUCAAGUUCUUUGUUACAAUGGAGCAAUUGGUCAAACUGCAACAUAUCCAGUGGGUAUGGGUUUUUUAACAGAACAAGAUAUUUGGGUAAAGAAUGUUAUACAGAUCUAAAGGAAUGUUAUGUAUAUAAAGAUACAUGUCAGAUGGUUACCAAUGUAAUAGAGGACAUCCCAACUCCUUUAAAGAAAGCCAGAAAUAUCACUAAAAUGCCAAUACUGGAUACAGAGUUUAUAAUUUCAUUUGAUUUCAUUCCUUAUUCAUUUAGCAAUAAUUUAAGUAGUAUUAUUCAUUUCAUUAAUGAUUCUAAUAAUAUUAGAAAUGGUUAUCCAGGAGUUUGGCUUGAUAAUCUUGGAGUUCUUCAAGUUUUAGCUCUGAUUAAUGGUACUGAUUUCAUAUAUCGCAAUUAUGCACUUCCUCUAUAUCAAUGGUCAAAAAUCGAGAUCAGUCAAAUUUUUUCAAAUGGAAGUUAUUUGUAUAGGAUUCAAGUCAAUAAUGUAUACAUUAUAUCACUAAUAAACACACAAGUUCAAAGUUUUAAAAAUGUUAUAAUAUAUGCUUCAAAUCCAUGGGAUGUUUCUCAAAAUGGUUCAAUAAAAAACCUUUUUGUUGCAAACAAUCAAGCAGUUUUAUCAAGUUCUUUGCUACAAUGGAGCAACUGGUCAACCUGUAAUACAUCAAAUGGCUAUGGAUUUACUAACAGAACAAGAUACUUGGGUGAUAAAUGCUAUACAGAACAAAAGCAAUGUUAUGUAUAUAAAGCUCCAUUGUGGAAUGUUUUUAACGCAGUUUCUAUGCAAGGAAAUUCGAUUUUCCUAAACUUACAAAUUUAUCCUACAUUUAUAAAACCAUCAAUUGUUAGUUUGGAGUUUGAAUAUUUUUUGCCACCAUUUUUUACGUUUAUAUCUGAUAGUGUUGUUCAACACUUUAUUAAGAAUCAAUCCAAUCGACUUAGGUAUUCGUUCAAUGGAAAUUUUACUUAUUCGGAUUCAUUUAAUUACAAUUUUACUGCAACUUAUAACAACUCGCUGUGUCCAAUCUCUGGUGUGUUUAUAUUAGAAAUUCCCUUAAUGUUGUCACUCCAAGUUGAAACUGAAAAGCGUGAGAGAAUAGUUAGAACAUUUCAAAAACAUGUUGAAUGUUUCAACAAUCCAAAAAUACCAGUCAGUCCAAAUCAAGAAUUUCUUAAAGAAACCUAUGGGCGAGGAAUAUAUUGGGAUGAAUAUAACAAUCAUACAUAUGUAUGUAUGAGUCAACAUUAUCCCAGUACAAAACCUGUAUGUUACUACUCUGAUAAUGAAGGAUAUUUAUGGACAGCCAUGGAUGUUCAGGUUGGCUCCGUUCUUGGUCGUCACUCGGUAACAAAAGAGCUUUACGCUGUUCAUCGAAAUAAAAAAAUGUAUUUGAUGUUUCAUAAUUACUACAAAAAAUGGUUGGCAAUAACAAAUCAGCAGUUUUUAAACGACGUUUUCAACCAACUCGAUUCAACUUUUGUAAAAAAUUUAGAAGACGAUUAUGAACAAAUUUAUACUCUUGGGCCAUAUCAAUGGUUAGGAAACGCAGAAGGACUGUUUUUUCGAAAGCUGAAAAGCGAUUCAUGGAUACAAAGAGUAAAGUGGAUGCUAUGAAUAAAUUUUUUA